AUGAAUACUUCUACUAUAGCUGUCUUUUCUCUGACAGGUUUCAGGGCAAUACUGAACUACAGAGCCAUUCUCUUCUCUCUCACUUUGCUGUGUUAUUUUCUAAUUCUGGUUAUAAACAUGUCUCUUAUUUUAACUAUAAUAUCUGAUCAAAACUUACAUGAACCCAUGUACAUAUUUUUGUGUUCUUUGUGCAUCAAUGGACUUUAUGGUACUGCAGGCUUUUUUCCCAAAUUUGCCUUUGAUUUACUGUCUGAUACUCAGGUAAUCUCAUAUGUGGGAUGCCUUUUGCAAGUUUUUGUUAUAUAUUCAAAUGCAAAAGCCGACUACUCUAUUUUAGUGCUAAUGGCUUAUGACAGAUAUGUGGCCAUAUGUAGGCCACUGGAGUAUCACACUGUAAUGUCUGUGCGAAGGACUGCUGUGUUAGUUACUCUGUCCUGGCUUGUUCCUGUCUGCUGUGAGACUCUCGUUUUGAUCUUAACAUCAACAUUGAAAUUAUGUGGCUCCAACAUAAACAAAAUUUACUGUGAGAACUGGUCAAUUGUCAAACUAGCUUGUGGUUCAACAAAAGCAAACGAUGUUUUCGGGUUGAUUGUUGCCUAUUUUUAUUGUUGUCAUGCUCUCUGUAUUGCAUGUUCAUAUGUGCAGCUUGUAAAGUCAGCUUUAAAAUCCAGAGAAGGCACGAGAAAGUUCACAGAGACAUGUGUGCCACAUAUAUUUUGUCUGCUUAAUGUCACAACUGCUUUGCUUUUUGAUGUUAUGUACUCGAGGUAUGGAUCAGCAUCUGUAUCACAGCACUUAAAGAACUUCAUGGCCAUUCAGUUCCUCAUUAUCCCACCUAUUUUAAAUCCUGUUUGUUACGGAUUGAUCCUGACUAAAAUUCGAAAGCGAAUGACAUAUUUGUGUAGACUAGCAUGUCAAGGAUUAAAAAGCAAAGUCUGA